UGUCCCGAGAGUAUAAAGGCGAUCCAGGACGCAGUCACUACCGACUCGUUCUCCUCUCUUGCUUGACAACCCAAGUACCCUGUCACGAUCGAUCUGGCCAAGACCUCUGCAGAUCUUAGCACCAUCACCGCCGACGCCACCAGAUUUGGAAGCCUCCAUUCUCACGAAUCCUCCGUCCCACGCUCCAAACGCAACACAAUGGCGUACCAGACCUGGCAAGACAAGCUCGAGGGCGCCUGCCGCGAGUUUAACAUCGCCGUGCCCGUCUUUCAGAUCGUCUCCGACAGGCGAGGCGGCCGCACGGCCUGGUCGAGCACGGUGACCAUCUACGGCACGACCCACAGCGCGCGCUUCUGGUACGACGGCAAGAACCUCAACAACGCCAGGGAGGACGCCGCCGAGGUCGCCCUGGGCUGGCUCAGCACCACCGCCGGCUCCAGCCCCGCCAGCUCCCCGGCUACCAGCCGCUCCGGCUGGUAGACUGGUUACUUACUGGGGGCGGGGGCGUUGCCUGACCUCCUGGCCGCCUAUCUCGCUGUUUUGUCGCUUCGGCUGUUUCGGCUCUUUCCGGGCUAUGGGGGUGUGCUUGAGGUUUGGCGGGUGAGGGCGGGUGAUGGGGUGUUG